GGCUCUCAAGGCAGUCUCUUUCUCUCUCGCUCCCUCUCCCUCUCUCUCCUCAAAGGCUGUUCCACAGUGAAAAUAUGCUCAGUGCAGCUGAGUGCAUGAAUGAAAAAGCCUCUGGUAUCUUCUAGGCUCGCAAAAUGCUGCACAACGCUCAAGUUACCCUGGCCUUCCUCCUGUCCCAGGUGCUGCCGCUCGCGUUCACAGAAGAUUUAGAAUGCAUCCCCGGAUUCCAACAAAAGGUUUUUCAUAUUGAACACCCGUCUGCAUUCACGGCGGACCAGGCAAUUCUGAAUUUGGUAUUUGAUGACUGCCAAGGGAAUCACAGAUUGAACUUCAAAGUUUCAAAUCCAGACUUCAAAGUGGAACCCAACGGGGCUUUAGUUGCACUGAGAAACUUAUCAGAAGCUGGCACAACUUUAUUUAUCCACGGCCGGUCGGCGCGAGCUGAAGAUACAGCGGAAGUAUUGAUUGUUGGAAGAAAAGAGAAACACAGUUCUUUAAAGGAAAUCUUUAAGGGAGAAGGCAGCCUUGGAACUGUAAGGCAAAGAAGGUCCAUUGUGGCAACUCCAAUCUUAAUUCCUGAAAAUCAGAGACCUCCAUUCCCAAGACCAGUGGGCAGGGUCAUCGACAAUGACAAACCAGAAGGCUCAAAAUUCCGAAUUUGGGGGAAAGGAGUGGAACUGGAGCCAAGGGGAGCAUUUAAAAUUGUUGAGAGCACCGGAGAAGUGCUUGUGACAAGGCCCCUCGACCGGGAAGCCAUUGCCACAUACCAGCUCCAGGUGGAGAUCACUGAUGCCAGUGGGAAAAGCAUAGAAGGCCCCGUUCCUCUAGAUAUUAUUAUUAUUGACCAGAACGACAACCGACCACUCUUUCGGGAAGGGCCAUACAUUGGACAUGUCAUGGAGGGAUCUCCUACAGGAAGUACCGUGAUGCGUGUGACCGCUUUCGAUGCUGACGAUCCAUCCACAGAUAAUGCUCUGCUCAGGUAUAAUAUCCUUAAGCAGACCCCGGACAAGCCAUCUCCGAACAUGUUCUACAUUGACCCAGAGAAAGGAGACAUUGUCACUGUUGUGUCGCCUGCCAUGUUGGACCGUGAAACACUGGAAAAUCCUAAAUAUGAGCUAAUCAUAGAAGCAAAGGACAUGGGAGGCAUGGAUGUCGGACUGACAGGCACCGCAACAGCAACGAUUGUUGUCGAUGACAAAAAUGAUCAUGCACCAGAAUUCACCAAGAAAGAGUUCCAAGCCACGGUGAAGGAAGGCAGCACGGGCGUGAUUGUGAAUUUAACCGUUGAAGAUCGGGACGACCCGGCAACGGGAGCAUGGAGAGCAGUUUACACUAUCAUCAAUGGCAACCCUGGCCAGAGCUUUGAAAUCCAUACAAAUCCCAAGAACAACGAAGGGAUGCUCUCUGUUGUCAAGCCUUUGGACUAUGAGAUUUCAGCUUUCCACACACUGCUGAUCAAAGUCGAAAAUGAAGAUCCAUUGGUUCCAGACAUCGCAUAUGACACCAGCUCCACCGCAACUGUUCAGAUCACUGUUUUGGAUGUUAAUGAGGGCCCUGUUUUUCACCCAGACCCAAUGACUGUCACAAAGCAGGAAAACAUCCCCAUUGGAAGCAUUGUGUUAACUGUCAAUGCCACAGAUCCAGACACCUUGCAACAUCAGACUAUAAGAUACUCCCUUGACAAAGACCCAGCAGACUGGUUGGAAAUCAACCCUACAAAUGGUACCAUUCGCACUACGGGUAUACUUGACCGUGAAUCACCAUUUGUCUUCAACAAUGUGUACACAGCAUACUUUUUGGCAAUAGACAGUGGUAGCCCUCCGGCAACGGGCACAGGGACAUUGCAAAUUACACUGGAAGAUGUUAAUGACAAUCCGCCCUCCCUUUAUCAAACGGUAUCAAGCGUCUGCGAAGACAUGAAAGAUGUGAAGGUCAUCCUUGGCGCCUUAGAUAAGGAUAUUCACCCAAAUACAGAGCCAUUCAAAUUUGAGUUGAGCAAACAGUCUGGUCAAGAUAAAGUAUGGAAAAUCACCAGAAUCAACAAUACCCAUGCCCAAGUCAUCCUGCCUCAAAACUUGAAGAAAGCCAACUACAACAUCCCUAUUUUGGUGACAGAUUCUGGGAAACCUCCUCUAACUAACAGUACAGAACUGAAAAUCCAGGUGUGCUCCUGCACGAAAUACAAAUUUGACUGCAGCGCAUCAUCCACCCUUCACGUCAGCCUGGUCCUAGCCUUCACUUCGCUCUUCAGUUUAUUUUGUCUGUAACACCUUCUGCCAUCUGAAGCUGGUCUCACGAGUUGCCAUGGUGACAAGCAAAGGAUGUACCAUCCCAAACAGAAGAUCACCUUUGACUGUUAUGAUUCCUUCCCUCCUAAGCCUCAGUUUGCUCCUGAUUUGGCACUUUGCAACCUCACUCCAUCUAUCCGUCCAGCUGCACGAUUGUAUCUGACAAAACCUCCAGCCUGGCUCUGGCUUUACCAAUGGAUUCCUUAUAUAAGAUCGGUGGUUGGUGUGAGAUCGCUUGCUGAGUGGUUUUAAAAUAACAGAAGAAAAAAGAAGAAAAGAAAAGAAAAAAGACCACGGCAUCGAAACCUGAUCUUCUAGGAGCAGAAUUACACAAUGACUCCAUUUCCCUUCCUCUCUGUUGACUUGUUGCUAUUCAACUGUUUUAAAAAACAAAAACAAAUUGUCUGUGGGUUAGUAUUUGUAUAUGUAUGAGUGUAUGUAUAUGUAUAUAUAUUUAUAUAGAGAGAAGAGAUAUACAAUAGGGUUAGCUUUUGUAUGGCAUUCACCGUAGGCUUGUGGUCAAUGGGGCAGAGAAUAGCACAGAGGCAUGAAAGCAGAUCUCAGAAAGAUCAAAAACGCACUGUAUAUGCUGCUACAUAUACAAGGGUUUAACCUAAAGGAGAGAGCAUAAUGUGGGAGAAAGAUGAGAAACAGCUGCAUUAGUGGCAUCCUUUCCUUCUUUCUUACAAGAAAAAAGCCUUCUAAACUACCCUCGAUAGUAUUAUGUACCACUGAUUCAUCCAUAUUCCCUUUCAUAUACAAGAACUAACUUACUCUUUUUUCAGCAGCAUCUAGAAGCCAAACAUGCUUUGAUGCCCAGUCCCUUGGCACAAUCUUGUAUGACCAUAACUACCAUGCUACAUAGUGGAUUCUGGCCAGAUCCCCCCCCCCCCCCCCAAAAAAAACACACUUACUAGUGAAGUGGGGAUGAGAUCCACAGGGAUCCAUUCUCCAGCCAAUUGGAAAGCAGCUGUCUGACAUUCUCCUGGUUGAUCCUAGUGGCUGCUAGGGAUGGACUGGGAAUUAGCCAGUUUCCCAAAUGAGGUUGAAAUUGGAGAUCCCGACCUCUUUGGAGAUUGGUGCAGGAAGAAAAUGAAAACAUAAGUUCCAACACCUUUGCCAGCACAUUUUUGUCUGAUAUGUACCAGGUAGUGUGUUUUCUGCCACUAGCAAGGAUUUUUGUCAAGGACUGCAGGGAAAAAAUUGCAGAGGGAAGUUGCAGGUAGGGGAAAGUUGUAGCUAUUUGGCAGCUGAAAACCCAGUUUCUGGUUUUCCCAUAACUUUCCUCUCUCCAAGCUGCUUACCAGUAAGUGCAGCUGAUAAUAUAUUAAGACUACACCAUCUGGCAAGAACCAUAUAAAAGUUUCAAUUGCAGCUGCUUUUGGCUUGGAGGACUUUCACAUCCCCUUCAUAACCCCUAAACUAGGGGCUAAGAAGGGAUCGUAACUGUUUGGCAGGAUUCUGGCCACCGUUGGCAGUGUCCUUUGAGAAUUAAAAAAUAGCUCUUGCAUUUCAGGCCCACUUAUUUAGAGAUUUCUGAUGGUUUUUCAAUGAGGCCUUAGCAAAAUAAAGAUCCAGCCUUACCAUGGAGUGAUACAAUGAGGCAGUUGAUUUGGAUAGCUGAGAUUAGAUAGCUUCCAUCACCGAUCUCUUGCCUAGGAUGACUCUCAGCCUGCUUUCAAAUGAAGGUUUACAUCAGUGGUUCCCAAAGCCUUCCAGGUAUUUGGGACUUCGGCUCCCAGAAUCCCAGACCAUUGACCAAGUUGUUUUGAGGCUUCUGGGAACAGGAGUUCAAAACACUUGGAGGACCAGAGUUUGGGAAUCACUGGUUUUCAUGAUGGACUACUCACACAUGUGGCAGAAGGAAGGGGAUGAUAGCCUCCAUAGUGCAAGGCUGAAUGGAAGGGAGAAAAGCCUGAGCCUGGUUUUCUCCUGGGCGCCUUACACAUUACACAAUUGUACCAGCAUGGUUCCACUUUAACUGUCAUGGCUGCAUCCUAUGCAAUCCUGGGGUUUGCAAUUUAGGGCAACACUAGAGCUCUCCAGCUGAGAAUCGUAAGUGCCCCCCUCUAAACUACAAAUCCCAAGAUUACAUCGGAUUGAAGCAUAGCAAUUAAGAUGGAAUCUUAGUCCUAUAAGUGUGGUAUUAGCCCUGGAUAGACAAGCUUUCAGUUUGAGACAAUGUGUCUUGUAUGGAGGAGAAUGCCAUAUGGCUUGAAAUUCGCUGACAGGCUAAAAUAAUAGAUCCCCAGAAAGGAAUCCUCCAUCCUCCAUUUUUGUUGUGAAAGAAGUGUAUCAAUAAAUAAGAAUAAGACUGGAGCGCAUUACACUUUAGCUCUUAAGGAAAGGUUGAGAAGGAGGAAUCUGUGACCCGUCCAGAUGUUACUGGACUCAGACUCCCAUCAGACCCAAUAGUAAGGGAUGAUGAGAGAGAGAGGACCCAAGCAGACAGGCCAAAAUAAAGCUGCUUUGGGUCACUUUGGAGGUAUGCUGUUUAAAUGCUGCAUGCGUCCUAAGAGUCUGGAAGCCGUGCCAAAACCACGCUUCAGUCUUAAGGAGUGAAGCACAGCUUUGUCACAGCUUCUGGCCUCUUAAGAUGCAUGUGUCAUUUAAACAGCAUAUCUUCCAAAGUGACCUGAAGCACUUUAUUUUGGUCUGUCUGUUCGGACCCAGAGUCAAACAACACCUGGAGUCGAACACAUAGAAUCAUAGAAUCAUAGAAUAACAGAGCUGGAAGAGACCGCAAGGGCCAUCCAGUCCAACCCCCUGCCAUGCAGGAAAUCCAAACGAAAGCCAUGUUCGACAGUCCUACUUUAAGCAUGAACGUCAUUUAUCAUUUUCCACCUUUCUGCAAUAAUUUGUGGUGGGAAGUGUUUUGGCACCCAAUUCCACCAGUUUUUCCCCCCAGAGCUGACAGAUGUCAUUCAAACUCAAACGUAUCAGUCCACCUACUAUAAUUAUUUAAAGAUUUUCCAUACAUUUUCCCCACCCUUAUAUUUUUCCCCAAGUCUUUGAAGUGCUAAUUACUAACGAAUUCUCUCUCAAGGCCUGUGAAAGCUAGCUCUCGAUAAAAUGACACUUGGGCCCACCUAGACAAAUAAUAAUUAAAAAAUUGUUAUAUAAAUAUAUACAUAUAUAAUUUGUUUUGAAUAUAGUAUAUACACAUACAUACACGCGCAGGUACACACACACAGUUUAAAAUGAAAACUAACAAGAUCUCUCUUAUCCUUUUUUAAUUUCCUUUCCUUUUCCUUUCUGGCGUGUGCAAGGUAACCACACUUGUUUGCAAAACCUAUAGGAAUAAAGGGUGUUCAUUAUGUAUGGAUAUAUGAAUCCUUUUUUAAAAACAAAAAGAAGUAUAUUAUUCAGUGAGCAUGUAAGGUAACAGAAAACUCUUAACUGUAUCAUCAAGACGACCAUCUUGUUAAUAAAUUGUAAAUGAUCCACAAAGCUCACACCAAAUUUUUUUUAUAGCAAAGGGGGGGAAAUCAGCAAAAAAGAGAGAGAAAUAUUAAGUGACAGACUGUGGCUUUUAAUAGAACUUGGCAGUAACUAGGGGUAAGGUAAGUGUCCUAGACUCUUUUAAUAAAGUUGCUUAUUUAAAGUUUGAAUUGCAGACCUUUCUUAUGCAAUAGAAUGUCGCAUCUGUAUAUCAAUGGGUUGGAUUUGAACAGAACUCACACUUCCUACUGUAUGUUUUAAGCAUUUCUUUCUAUGUCAUAUCUCUGUUCUGAUAACAGCUUUCUUUCUUUCUUCUUUUUCCAAACCAUUAAAUAAAUCCAACCAUA